AUGAAGAACUUCAAGGCACAGCUGAUCGACACAGCAGGAGUGAUAGCGCGCGUGAAAGAGCUCUUUGUGGGGCACAGGCAGCUCAUUCUCGGCUUCAACACCUUCCUGCCCAAGGGCUACGAAAUCACCCUCCCCCCCGAACCCACAACUCCAGUCCCCGCCCCCGCGCCCGCACCUCCGCCUCAGCCUCGGUCCGCGCCUCCUGCGGUGGCUCGGCCGCCCAUCACCCCAUCCGGACCUGCAGGGCCCAUGCCGGUUGCUCCUGCUGGUGGGAUUCCCCUUGGGCCUGGAGCAACCAGUGCAGCACCUCCCCAUGCAGCAUUGGCAGUGCCGCAUGGGGGUGCUGGGGGUGGGACUGUAGCAGCCACGCGCACCCCGCCCCUCCCUGUAGCGCCAGUGGGAGCAGGCACAGGCGCAGGAGCAGGAGCAGCAGCGGUUGCUCCUGGUGCAGGUCACGCUGGGGGAGGUGCACCUGCCGCCGCUGCUGUGGCUGUGCCUGGUAGUGGUGCUGCUGCUGUUGCUCCUAGUGCGGCCGGUGCUCCUGGCGGUGCUGGUGCUGGCGGUGCUGGUGCUGGCGCUGGUGCUGGUGCGGGUGCUCCUGCUGGUGCUGCUGCGGCUGGGCCUGCAGCAGCAGCGGGAGGAGCAGGAGGAGCAGCGGGGGCGGCAGUGGCGCCAGCUGCUCGGAGCAAGAUGGUGGAGUUUGACCAGGCUAUCAGCUAUGUCAAUAAGAUUAAGGCCCGCUUCGCGGACGACGAGUCGGUGUACAAGAGCUUUUUAGAGAUCCUCAACAUGUACCGCAAGGGCAACAACAACAUCGGAGACGUCUAUAAGGAGGUGGCCACGCUGUUCAAGGACCACUCGGACCUACUAGAGGAGUUCACCUUCUUCCUGCCCGACUCUGCUGCCAGUCACUUACCCCAGUGGCGUGGGAGGGAGAAGGAUGGGGACCAUCCAGAGAGAAGGAGGAAGGGGGCAGAGGGGCGGGGCAAGGAGAAAGACGCCGAGGGCCGCGGGAAGGUGAAGGAGGAGGUAGAGGAAGACGCAUCAGCACACCAUCCGAGGCGACUGCAGCAGCAGCAGCAUGUGGACUCCUCUCAUCCGCAUGUGCACCCCGCACACCAAGCAGCGGGGCUAGGAGUGGGAGGGGUGCAGCAGGCUGGGGAGGAGGGCUCUCACAGAAAGCAGCCUCUGCUGCUGGACCUGCAGAAACCCCCCCGAGAUGCAGAGAUGCAGGUGGAGGAGAAACGGGUUGGGCUGGUGCCGCCACAGCUGCACCCGCAGCCGAUGCAGGUGGAUGGGACUGGGAAGGAGGGGCAUGGGGAGUGGGGGCAGCAGCAGCAGGAGGAGCGGGAGGGAGGGGCGCAUCCUGUGGUGCAGCCGCCGCAGCAGGCGCAGCAGGGGCCGAAGCGGAAGGGGCGGAAGGGGGAGGAGGGAGGGAAGAAGAAGGAGCUUGCGGGAGCGGCAGGGGAGGGUGCAGGAGCGGACGAGAGGAAAGGGAGCAGGGCCCUGGGCAUGCACAGGGAGUUGGCGUUUUUCGAGAGGGUGAAGGCGAGGGUGCGCAGCAGGGAGGUGUAUCAGGAGUUCCUCAAGUGCCUCAACAUCUUCUCCCAGGAGAUCAUCGCCCGCGCUGAGCUGCAGAGCCUCGUGGGGGACAUCCUCGCCAAACACCCCGACCUUGUCGAGGGCUUUAAUGAGUUUCUGGCUCGAUGCGAAAAUCUAGCUGGGAAUGAAGGUGCUCAACGACGUGUGGUGUCUCCCCCAACCACCACUUCCUCUCCCUGUCGCCCCAUCCCUCCCCCUUGUCCCCCCCUUUUCCCCCCUCUGCUGCAGCAAAUGCGCCCCGUGUCGUGCCAUCGCAAGGAGCUGGGAAUGAAGGCGCUCAUUCACGUGUGGCAAAUGCGCCCCGUGUCGUGCCACCGCACGGAGUUGGGAAUGAAGCAAAUGCGCCUUGUGUCGUGCCAUCGCACGGAGCUGGGAAUGAAGGUGCUCAACGACGUGUGGGUGUCCUCCACCUCUCUCCUCCCCUCUUCCCCCUGCCUCCAACCCCCUUUCUUCCUCUUGCAGCAAAUGCGUCCCGUAUCGUGCCACCGCACAGAGCUGGGAAUGAAGGUGCUGAACGACGUGUGGGUGUCGGUGACGUCAGGCAGUGAGGACUACUCGUUCACGCACAUGCGCAAGAACCAGUACGAGGAGUCUCUCUUCCGCUGCGAGGACGACCGUUUCGAGCUGGACAUGCUGCUGGAGUCCACGGCAGUGACAGCACGGCGAGUGCAGGAGGUGAUCGACCGCAUGCACGGCAUGACUGACGCUGAGCGGAGUGGCUUCCGGGUGGAAGAGAGCCUCACAGCCAUCAACAUGCGGUGCAUCGAGCGCAUAUACGGCGACCACGGGCUGGACAUUCAAGAGCUGGUCAAGCGCACGCCAGCGGUGGCGCUGCCGGUGGUGCUGCAGCGGCUGAAGCAGAAGCAGGAGGAGUGGGUGCGGUGCCGGGUGGAGAUGAACCGCGUGUGGGCGGACGUGUAUGCCAAGAACUACGCCAAGUCGCUGGACCACCGCAGCUUCUACUUCAAGCAGCAGGACAAGAAGAGCCUCAGCAUGAAAGGUCUGCUGUCUGAAAUUCGGGAGCUGAACGAGCAGAAGCACAAGCAGGACGAGGUGGUGGCGGCACUAGCUGUCCCCACACGCCGCCCGCUCAUCCCGGAUGUCCGGAUGGCAUACAAUGACGCCGCCAUCCACGAGGAUCUCCACGAAAUCAUUAAAUUCUCAACAGAGGAAGUGUGCAACUCGCCAGAGCAGUCUGCUAGGGUUAUGAAGCUCUGGACGGGUUUUAUUGAGAUGUUUUUGAAUGUGCCCGCGGUCUGGUCGAAAGUUGUUGCCGAGGAGAAAGCUGCCCGGGACGCGGAGAUUGCUGCCCGAGAAGCUGCGAGGGCUGCCCGGGGGGGGCGUGAGGGGGAGUGGAAUGGAGAGGUUGGUGGGGGAGAGGGGGAGGGGGAGGGGAGGGAGAGGAGUAGAGAGAAGGGCAGAGGAGGGGAGGAGAGGAAGCGGGAGAGGCAAAGUGGGGAGGCAGAGGGGCAGAGGAAGAGAGGGAGGCAUGAGGGGGAGGGUGAUGGGGCGGGGGGUAUUAGUGAGGGGCAGAGAUCAGGGGGUAGGGAGGCGGGGUGGGAUGGGCUGGAAGAGGGCGAAUUCAAUCCUGGGGGAAAGGCGUCAGAGGGAGCAGGAGGGGGAGAGGAAGAAGAGCCUCAUGUGGUGAGGAAGAGCAGAAGCAGCUUGGUGCACGUGGGUGGAGGGGGCGGGGGCGGAAAUGGGGGAGGAGCAGGGGCGGGAGGGAUGGUGAAUGGGGCAGCGCUGGGGGGAGCAGCAGGGAAAGGCAAGGAUGCUAGUUCACGAGCUGCCGCUGCUGCUGCUGCUGCUGCUGCUGCUUCGGCUGCUGCUGCUGCAGCAGCAGCAAAGAGGAGGAAGAGGGGGAGGAGGGAGAGGGAGGAGGGGGAGGAUGAGAGUGUGAGGUCGGAGGGGUCUAGUGCGGGCGAGUCUGAUAGUGGGGGCGAUGAGAGGAGGAGGCAGAGGCGGAGGAGGAGAGAGAGUGAGGGGCGUGAGGAUGAGGAGGGGAGAGGGGAGGAGGAGGAAGACGAGGAGGAGGCAGAGGAUAGGGAAAGCGGGGGGGAGAUGGGGGAGGAGGGUGGGGCGGGAGACGAGGAGGAGGAGGAUGAAGAGGAGGAAGGGGCGAGGGGGUGGAUAUCGGGGCUGGGACCCAAGGAGAGGCGGUACAGAGGGGGGAAGAAGUGGGGGAAGCAUUGGUACAAGGCGUGUCGCCCUGUGGUGGCUCAUAGGGAUUCGUUUGAAGCAGCUCGUUUGGAGCUUCGUGGUAUACUAGCUGGUGGUAUACCACCCGCUGGUGUGCCUCUGCUGCUCCCUGCUGCUGCAGGAGAGGGUGUGGGGCGCAAAGGGGGGGAUAGUGGGAAUGGGAGGAGGGGAGAGAAUGGUGCUGGUGGGAUGGGAGAGGGCGGGAGGGUGAGGAAGGGGAAGGGGCGAGCAGAGGCAGGGGGAGACGAGGAGGGCAAGGAGGGGAGGGAGAGGGAGGAGAAGGAGGAGAGGGAGAAGGAGAGGGAGAGGGAACGAGAAAGAGAGUUGUCUGAGGAGCUGUGGGGAAGAGCGCAGGCAGAGGCAGGGGCGAGCAGAGUGAUGUAUGGCAACGACAGCAUGUACAUGCUCUUCCGAUUGCACCAUACGCUGUACGAGCGCAUUCUGAGUGCCAAGGUGAAUGCGCGUGCAUCAGAGGAGAAGUACCGUGCACUCAACCACUCCGACCCACCCGACCUCUACGCCAAGUUCCUGGAGGUGCUGUACAACCUGCUGGACGGGCAGAUCGACAACACCCGGUUUGAGGAUGAGUGCCGUGCUGCCAUCGGCACCCAGUCCUACGUGCUGUUCACCAUUGAUAAGCUCAUCUACCGCCUCGUCAAGCAGCUACAAGCGUGUGCGGGGGACGAGGUGGGGGCGAAGCUGCAGCAGCUGCACGACUACGAGGUGGCCAAGGGGGCGCGCGGCUAUGUGGACCUCGUUUACCAGGCCAACGCGUGUGCGCUCAUGCAUGACGACUCCCUCUAUAGGAUCGAGCUGCUAGCGCAACAGCCAGGCGAGGGCGAGAUGACGGUGCAGCUGAUGGAGGGCGGGCCGGAGAAGGUGGAGGUGCCGGCAGCAGCCAUGGAUUCCGCCUUCCUGCACUACCUCUGGCACUUCCUGCACUCGCCUCCCUCCCACGCACCCGCGCGUGGUCAUGUGUUCCUCGCCAGGAACGUGAGAAAGGCAUCAUCGUCUUCAUCCUCAGCAGCAGCAGCAGCAGCAGCAAAGAGGGGGCGCAGCAAGGAGGACGAGGAGAGGGCAGCGCUGGAGAGUGUGCUUAUAGUGAACGGCCUCGAGUGCAAGCUCUCCUGUGUCACCUCCAAGGUGUCCUAUGUACUAGACACGGAGGACUAUCUGUUCCGCCACAAGAGGCACCGCCGGCCCAGGAGUGCUUCCCAGGCACCAGCGCUGCCGCACAAGGCCCAGGGGACAGCUGGCACGCAGGGAUUGGCCGAGCGCUCGCACCGAGCGGCAAGGCGGUUACGGCCUCGAGCAAAGCUUGUGCCAUGCAGAGCUCUCCUUGCUGGCACACUUCCUCAACGUUCGCUGCUUACUGUCGCACGGAGCAGCAACGAAGAACCCCUUCCUUCUCGCGUCACUUCGUUCCCUCUCCCCCCCGGUUCUCGCGCCUCCUCUCCCCCGUCGUUCGCGCCAAUGGCGGCGGCGGCGGCGUCCGCGGCGCUGGGCGAUCUGCUGCUGCUGCAGGGGCAGGCGAAGCGCGACCCGGAGGGGUACCGUGAGGAGUUCGAGCGGCAGCACCGGCACUACCGCGCGCUGCUCGCCGUGUUCUCGUUAAAGCCCCACGCGGAGAGCAAGGAAUUCGGCGACCUCGUCAUGUUCCUCGCGCAGCUCGCCCCCUUCUACCGCAGCGCCAUGGGAGGGUUCCCGGGGGAGGUGAUGGGGCUGCUGCAGUCCCACGUGGACGUGCUUCACCCAAUGCUACGCCGCCAGCUGGCACACGCGCUCAUCCUCCUGCGCAACCGCCAGCUAUUGGGUCCCACGGACCUCAUUCCGCACUUCUUCCGCCUCUUCCGCUGCCCCGACAAGGCCCUUCGCAAGCUGGUGUUCUCCCACAUCGUGAACGAUAUCCGGCGGCUCAACCAGAAGCACCGCCACGAGGGGGUCAACAGGCCCAUCCAGAACAUGCUCUUUUCCCUUGUGCAGGAGGAGAAUGAAAUGGCAGCCAAGAAAUCACUAGCAGUGCUCAUCGAGCUCUACCGGCGAAAAGUUUGGACCGACGCCCGCACCGUGAAUGUGAUCGCGACGGCUUGCCUGCACCCGUGCACGCGCAUCAUGGUGGGGGCGCUCAAGUUCUUUAUGGGGGCGGACCGGCAGGGCGAGGGGGAGGAUGGGAGCAGUGAGGAGGAGGAGGACGAGGAGGAGAAAAAGAACCGCAGCAAGGAGAACUCUGCUCUCGCUCUCGACAGGAAAACGGUCUACACGGCAUACCACAAGGGCACGCCAGCCAGCAAGCGCAAGAAGCAGGCGAAGCUGAAGCGAGCAUACCACAAGGGCACGCCAGCCAGCAAGCGCAAGAAGCAGGCAAAGCUGAAGCGAGUGAUGAAGGGUCUGCGGAAGCAGCAGCGCGCCGUGAUGGGCGGAGGGGGGGAAGGCACGGGGGAGGGCGAAGGGAACAUGCACUUCGCUGCGCUGCACUUGCUGCACGACCCUCAGGGCUUUGCAGAGAAGCUCUUCAGCCGCGUGUCCACGUGCAACGAGAAGUUUGAGGUGAAGCUGCUGAUGCUGAACGUGGUAUCGCGGGUCAUGGGGACACACCGAUUGCUCCUACUCAACUUCUACCCCUUCCUGCAACGCUACCUCAUGCCGCACCAGAGGGAUGUGACGCACCUCCUUGCCAUCGCCGUGCAAGCCUGUCACGAUCUGGUUCCCCCAGACGCAGUAGAGAGCAUGGUGAAGCAGGUCGUGAACCUCUUCGUUCACGACCGAGCAAGGCCAGAGGUCAUAGCAGUGGGGCUGAACGCAGUGAGGGAGGUGUGUGCGCGCAUGCCCCUGGUGAUGGGCGAGGAGUUGCUGCAGGACCUGGCCAUGUACAAGAAAGCCCGCGAGAAGGCCGUUGCAGCUGCUGCUAGAUCGAUCAUUUCCCUGUUCCGAGAGGUGAAUCCGUCGCUGCUGCAGCGGAAAGACCGGGGCAAGCCGGGGAAGGCAGGGGAAGCUGUGCAACCAGUGGCGUUUGGCCACGUGGCAGUGUCUGAUCAUGUGCCUGGGAUUGAACUGCUGGGUAUUCCGGAAGAGGAGGGUGAUGGGGAGGAGGGGAGUGAGGAGGGAAGUGAUGAGGGGAGUGAAGGGGAGAGUGAGGAGGAGGGAGGUGAGGAGAGUGAGGAGGAAGUGGAGGGGAGUGACGAGGAGAUGGAAGAGGGAGAGGAGGGAGAGGAGGGGGAGGAGGUGGAAGGGGAUAGUGAUGAGGAGGGGAGUUCAGGGAGUGAGGAGGUGGAGAGUGAGGGAGAGGAGGAAGAGGAGGAAGAGGGGGAGGAAGAGGAGGAGGAGAUGGAGCAAGUCAGGCCAGGAAUUUCCAGAAAAAGAAAGGCAGAGGGGGAAGCAAGUGGAGAUGGAAAGCGGAAGCGAGAAGGACCGGUGAAAGUGGAGGGUGCGAGUCUGAGGCAGCUGAAACGACUGGCAGCACAAGGGGAAGAGAAAGCCGGAGAGGAAGCAGGUGGAGGGAAAGCAGGGCAGAAGGGGGAACUGGAGGAGGAGGAGGAGAAGGAUGGGUUUCUGUCAACAGAGGAUUUCAGGAAGAUCAGGAGGAUGCAGGCGAAGCAGGCUGCUGAGUCCAUGUUGAGGCGCAAGGGCAUGAAGAAGGCGGCUAAUGCGCUCGCUCACUCCCAUCAAGCACGCUCGCACUCUCUCAGUGACCGCCGCGUGGACGCGUCUGACCUGGAGGUGAGUCGUGCUGAAGAGAAAGAGGAAAGCAGAGGUGAUGAUGCACUCGCCCACAUGCACUCGCCCACAUGCACUCGCCCACCUGCACUCGCCCACAUGCACUCGCCCACGUGCACUCGCCCACAUGCACUCGCCCACGUGCACUCGCCCACAUGCACUCGCCCACGUGCACUCGCCCACGUGCACUCGCCCACAUGCACUCGCCCACAUGCACUCGCCCACGUGCACUCGCCCACGUGCACUCGCCCACGUGCACUCGCCCACGUGCACUCGCAUCAAGCACGCUCGCACUCCCUCAGAGUGCACAUAAAGGCACGGAGGGACAAGGAGGAGCGCAUGGCAGCAGUGCUGGCAGGCAGAGAGGACCGCAGCUUCUUUGCCAAGUCGAAGAUGAAGCAGCAGAAGGUGGGUGGAACGUCCAACAGAGAGAAGGAGAAGCGCAAGGCAGCGCCCAUGGCAGCACAGCGAAUGAAGCUGAAGAGGCGCACGCAGGGCAAGCGGCGCACGCAGGAUUCACACUUGCAAGGCCUAGCCAUGGCGUCCGUCAAGCGCACUGUCGCCGUCGCAUUGGCUUUCGUCCUCGCGCUCGUCGCUGCGUACACCGCUGUUCACAGCGUCGCCCUCCUCGCACCCACGCGCGCGCGCAACUCUCGUCCCCUUUCUUCCCAGGACUCGCUGACUUCCGAGUCGACCCAAAAGAACUCUCCUCGCUCCCUCGCACCCACGCGCCCACGCGACUCUCGUUCUCUCUCCUCCAAGAAUUCGUAUAUAAGGCUGUUCGCAUUCACCGCACCCGUCAGAAACCCACAGUCAAGCGUGAAUGACGCCGCAAUCCCCGCUGUGGUCCCCAGGCCCGCGCCGCCGAAGCUGCAGCAGCAGCCCGCGAUUCACGCUCCCGCCGACAGCGCUCCGCUCGAGCGCGUGUGCGGCUCGCCAGCCGUCGACGGCUACGCGCACGUGAACGCCACGUGUCUAGAAGCGUCGCCCACGAAUCGCAUGUGGUGGUCCAUGCAUCCUCAGGGAGGGAGGAGCGGAGAGGGGUUGGAUUGCCACAUGGAGCGGGAAGUGAGCUUAGAUGGGCUGGCCGUGCGGUGGGGCAUCGGGCACAAGACCACCACUCCAGAGCAAUGCUGCCAGGCCUGCAGGACCUACACCACACCCGGGCGGGCCCUUCCCCCCCUCCUUACAACAGCUGGUUCUUUUGCCUUCUUCUUAUUCCACCACCCCUCGCCUGUUCUCUUCCCACCCCUUCCCCCCAGGGACCACAGACCGGACCCACAAGUUGCAGAUCCCUUUGCGCACCUCCCCUGCAACGUCUGGGUAUUCUGCUGCGCUCCGACCUGCUUUGAACCCGACGCGCACACGCACACCUUCGGUGACUGCUGGCUCAAAUUCUCUGAAGCCCCGCAGAGCCCCGAGGUGAACGCGCGGGGGGAGUACCCUCGGGAACUCCGUGCGAGGCAUGCCGAGGCGCCUGAGCGGUGCCAGUGGGUGGCUGGGGUGCUGCUGCCGCCCGGACAGACUCUCACCAACGGCACGUGGAGCCCGAGGCAUGAGUGGUAG